CGAGGGUUUAACUGUAUUGUCUUAUCUCCACGCGUGAGUUUAAUCAGCUAACGGUAAUGCUAAUGCUAGCUAAGUUAGCUGCAGAGUCCCUGCGUGUCUCCCUAUACGAGUCCAACGUUAGCCAGUGGUUGUAUGUAUGGAGCGGACAGCUGUUACAAGAGUUUCCCGUAUAGUCCCUGUCGUUGCUCACGUUGCAAGCUAGCAGGAAAGAUGUUCGCGGUAACCGAGGUUGCGAUGGGCAAGCUUGCCAUUGAGGUUUGUCAGAGGAGCUGAUCCUUUUAAUAAAGGAAUGGAGACAGCGCUCACCUCAGCCUGCUCUACCCUGUUGUUGACACAGUUCCAUAAGUGGGACCGGUGUGACAGUGACGUCUUCGGGGACAAUACCUUCACCGUUAGUGAACUAGUAAUCUAUUUAUUUGAAGAAUACGCCACUGAAACAGAUGAGAGUUAACAAAUUGCUUCAGUGCUUCAACAUAUGAAGGUUGGAUGAUUUGGCAGAUCAAUUCUUAUAGAAUUUAAGGAUAAGAAAAGAAAGGAGACAAAAUGGCAUCGGACUCUCCACGCAGACCUAGUCGGUGUGCUGGAGGGGUUCUGGUGCGAGCACAAGCUGCUACGGAGCAGUCGUACAUGGAAAGCGUGGUGACCUUCCUGCAGGAUGUGGUCCCCCAGGCGUAUACCGGUGCUCCGCCCACUGAUGAGAAAGAGAAGAUAAUUUGGGUUCGAUUUGAGAGAGCUGACAUCAACGACACUUCCCGCAAUCCGGAGUUCAUGGAGAUGCACAGCGGCACUACUGAGCCUCCCCUGUGCCUCAUGAUCGGCUACACUGACGGAAUGCAGAUCUGGAGCGUAUCUUUGGCCGGUGAAGCCCAAGAGCUGUUCUCCGUCCGCCAUGGUCCCGUGCGAGCUGCUCGCAUUCUGCCUGCUCCUCAUAUCAGUCCUAUGAUCACAGACACCUUUUCUGACAAAAGGCCUCUACUGGGCGUUUGCAAGAGCACGGGGUCUUCUGGGACGAGCCCGCCCUACUGUUGCGUUGACCUGUAUUCUCUCCGGACGGGGGAAAUGGUCAAAUCAAUCCAGUUCAAGACGCCCAUCUAUGAUCUCCACUGCAACAAACAUAUUCUCGUUGUGAGCCUUCAAGAGAAGAUUGCAGCAUUCGACAGCUGCACCUUCACCAAGAAGUUCUUUGUCACAAGCUGCUAUCCCUGCCCCGGACCUAGUCUAAAUCCAAUAGCUCUGGGGAGCCGCUGGCUGGCCUACGCUGAGAACAAGCUGAUCAGAUGUCACCAGUCUCGCGGAGGAGCGUGUGGUGACAACGCACAGUCCUACACAGCAACAGUGAUUAAUGCGGCCAAAACCUUGAAGACAGGCCUGACCAUGGUGGGUAAAGUGGUCACCCAGUUAGCCGGCACACUUCCAGCAGGCCCUCCGGAUGAGGAGGGAACACCACACAGCGCCAGUCGCCGUAGCCCCCACAACCCAGGCGUGGUGACCAUCAUCGACACGCACAGUGUUGGCGAAGGACAGGUCUUGGUGAGUGAGGACUCGGACGGAGAAGGAGUGGUGGCUCACUUCCCAGCUCAUGACAAACCCAUAUCCUGUAUGCAAUUCAACCCCAGUGGAAUGCUGCUGGUGACUGCUGACUCUCUGGGCCACGACUUUCACGUCUUCCAGAUUCUCACGCACCCAUGGGCGUCCUCACAGAGCGCUGUUCACCAUCUCUACACCCUCCAUCGGGGGGAGACUGAGGCCAAGGUCCAGGACAUGUGUUUCAGCCCGGACAGUCGAUGGGUAGCCAUCAGCACGCUGCGCGGCACCACCCACGUCUUCCCCGUCAACCCCUAUGGCGGGGCGCCCUGCGCCCGCACGCACAUGUCCCCACGCGUGGUCAACCGGAUGUCUCGCUUCCAGAAGAGCGCCGGCCUGGAGGAGAUCGAGCAGGAGCUCAAUCGGGUGGCCGCGUUAGGAGGAGCAGGAGCAGGGGGAGGAGGUGGCUGCAUCCUGGGUGGAGGAGGUGGCCGCUGUAGCCCCAUACAAGGCCUGUCCAGCAGCCCCUCGGGGUCUCCACUGCACGCCAAGCUGAGCAGCCAGGAUUCAUACAACAACUUCACCAACAACAACAUGGGGAACCCGCGGCUCUCGGCUCUGCCCAGCCUCACCGUGGUGCUGCCUCUGGCCCAGAUCAAGCAGCCCAUGACCCUGGGCACCAUCACCAAACGCUCCGGACCCUACCUCUUUGGGGCGGGAUGUUUUGCCAUUAAAACUCCAUGCAAAGCUAAGCCCCCACCUCAGAUCUCCCCAAGCAAGUCCAGUGGAGGAGAGUUCUGUGUGGCCGCCGCCUUUGCCUCGUCUCGCUCCUGGUUCCUCACCAACCCCAACAUGAAGAGGGAGAAAGAUCAGACCAGGCAGUCUGUCGUCGACUCGCUGUACAUCAUCAGUUGCUAUGGUAACAUGGUGGAGCAUGUCCUGGAGCCACGGCCAAUUAGCACGGCUCAGAAGAUUAGUGAUGACACACCUCUGGAGCUCAGCACCUGUCCAAGGGCCUGCUGGACUCUAGCCAGGACUCCACAAUGGAAUGAGCUGCAGCCUCCCUUCAAUACCAACCACCCCUUGGUGUUGGCCUCAGACCUGGUGCAGUACUAUCAGUAUCUUCUGGCUGCGAUGCCCCCUGGAAGUCCAGGCCCGAUCACCCGUCACGAGUCGUCGGACAGCCUGGCGUCGGACCACAGUGGUCAGGGAGAUGAGGAGUGGCUCUCUCAGGUGGAAAUUGUGACCCAUACAGGGCCUCAUCGGCGCCUCUGGAUGGGCCCCCAAUUCCAGUUUAAGACUCUUCACCCUUCAGGCCAGACCACAGUCAUCUCCUCUUCUUCCUCAGUCCUUCAGUCCCAGGGUCCCAGUGAUGUCCAACGGCCACUGCUGGACUUUGAUACAGACGACCUGGACCUACACACACUGAGAAUCCAGCCGGUACGUUCAGAACCAGUCAGCAUGCCUGGCUCAUCACGGCUGGUUGCAGAUCGUCGAGGACAGUCCAACAUCAUGGACACAGGUUCAGGUCCUUUCGACGGACGUGGUGUGACCUUGCUGGAAGUAUGUGGUAGCUGGCCAGAGAGCUUCGGCAUACACAACGUUGGCUCAGCAGACGCCAGUGACGAAGGCCUCCGAGAGAGACUGGCAGAUGCCAUGUCCGAGUCCCCCUCCAGGGAUAUAGUAGGAUCCGCUACAGAGCUGCAGAGGGAGGGCAGCAUCGAGACCCUCAGUAACAGCUCGGGCUCCACCAGCGGCAGCAUCCCACGCUACUUCGAAGGCUACCGCUCCCCCCUCCCCACCAACGAGAGCCAGCCGCUCAGUCUCUUCCCGACCAACUUCCCGUAGACUCUCCCCUCACCCCCGCCCGUCUCCCCCAUGUCUGUCCACGCAGCAUCGCAUUGACACGCAGCAAACCAAAUGAUGUCUUGGAUUUGUUUUUCCCUGUCGUGUGUUCUGUGUCGUUACUUUAUCAUUCGGUGACUCACACCUCAGUGUGAUCGCAGCUACAUACAGUGUUACUAUUUGAUUAUUUUAAUGAAGCUGCCAAUGUGGUUUUGUCUUGAUUUCCAAUUGUUUUAAAUUUGAGAUGUAACGCAGUGUUGAAAUUGCAAUGAUUUGGGGGAAAACACUGAGAAACAUUUGUUGUACACUCUUGAAAGCUAAUUUCCUCUCAGCUUGACUGAUAUUAAGUUGCUACUAUUUUAAGUGUUGCCGGCAGAUAACCAAAUCCAAAGCAGUUUGUAUGUAGUUUCAUGACAGAGUAUUUUGAUACAGGUCAGGGAGGAACUUCUUUUAUUUUCCAUAUCGGAUUCUUAAUGACAGGCCAGUAUCAGCCUCACACAUCUACCGUACUCUGCUUUUAACCUUGCUGCUGUGUGAUCAGAAGCCAGCCGUCCUGUCCUCGCUGCAGCUGAUGUUUCCUCUGUGCCGCCCGCCAUCAUUCUGCGUGUGUGUUUGAAGUUUUACGGCGUGCCUAUUGUCUGAAGGAGCCAUGAGAGUGGGAGCGCCGAACAAAGGAAACAUGUUUAUUCCAGUCAGUGACGUAUAGCAGCUCCUUUUCCCUCUGUGUGUGUGUGUUGCUACUCUCAUGGCCUCUCCCUAAAUGUUUUUGAUUAAAUUUGUCCCUCUCAUGCCUUUGAUUAUCAUAUAAUUACAUUUGACAAAAGAUGCAGUAAUUACAUGACACUAUUACUCCAUGGCUGAAGUCAUUUAGAUGUUUACCCUGUAGUUGCGACAUUUCUGACAUCAUUUAGAUAUAUUUCCUAGCUUGGCCUUUCCGGAUACAGAAUUUUCAUUGAGCGUAGUAAUAGAGACCCUCAUGCUGUAUUUUGUUCAUUAGUCAUUUUCUACCAAACUCAUUUUCUCGCCUCUAGUUAUUACUCUCUAAAUCAAUGCAUUAUACUUGUAAAUGUGCUAGCUUUAGAGAUUUACUUUGAUGAUCAGAAAUUAUUUUUUUCAACACACUUUGCCUGCUUGUUGGUCUUAAGCAGAACAUUUGUCUUGUUGAAAACUGAAAGCAGAAAAGCAGAGACACAUUAGAUAACGGACCCCAUGACGGCCUGUUGUUUCUCUUUUACUGACUGAGGGCAUGCAUUGCAUCUACGUGUUUUAAUUCAGAGCAAAUGCUUGUUUUUCACAGUGGGAGUUACUUUGUGAAAUACUUCGACUUUUCCGAGGAGUCAUGCAAGAAAUUAAAAAAACAUAAUAAAACCCAAAGAAAUGAAUGAA